AGGACCUGUCUGUUCCACCUCGGGCUAUAAGAAGGCGGAUGAUGAGAUGUCCGGAGCCACGUCCGCGGCGGAUCUGGACGAGGCACCAGCCCGCACCAUUUACUUGAACCAGCCCCAACAGAGCAAGUUCCGCGACAACUGGGUCAGCACAGCCAAGUACAGCGUGGUGACAUUUCUACCUCGAUUCCUGUAUGAGCAGAUUAGAAAAGCUGCAAAUGCAUUCUUCCUCUUCAUUGCCUUACUGCAGCAAAUUCCAGAUGUCUCUCCAACAGGAAGAUAUACCACCUUGGUGCCAUUGCUAUUUAUUUUAACAGUUGCUGGCAUCAAAGAAAUCAUAGAAGACUAUAAAAGGCAUAAGGCAGACAGUGCAGUGAAUAAAAAGAAAACAGUAGUUCUAAGAAAUGGGAUGUGGCAGAACAUUAUGUGGAAAGAGGUAGCAGUAGGAGAUAUUGUGAAGGUCACCAAUGGGCAACAUCUUCCAGCAGACAUGAUCAUAAUAUCUACCAGUGAACCACAAGCCAUGUGCUAUAUUGAAACAGCUAAUCUUGAUGGGGAGACGAAUCUUAAAAUACGACAGGGUUUGUCUCAAACUGCAAGUCUCCAGUCCAGGGAAGAACUGAUGAAAGUGUCUGGGAGGAUAGAGUGUGAAGGACCCAACCGCCACCUCUAUGACUUCACUGGAAACUUGCGCUUAGAUGGUCAAAGCCCAGUUCCUGUUGGUCCAGACCAGAUCUUGCUGAGAGGUGCACAACUGAGAAACACUCAGUGGGUCUUGGGUAUUGUUGUGUAUACAGGACAUGAUACAAAACUCAUGCAGAAUUCAACGAAAGCACCUCUGAAGAGAUCAAAUGUGGAGAAAGUGACCAACAUGCAGAUCCUGGUUUUGUUCUGUAUUCUCCUGGUAAUGGCCCUUGUGAGUUCUGUAGGUGCCUUAUUAUGGAACAGAACACACGGUGAAGUUGUCUGGUAUCUUGGCUCCAAUGAGAUGCUGUCUGUCAACUUUGGAUACAAUCUGCUGACGUUUAUAAUCUUGUACAACAACCUUAUUCCAAUCAGCCUUCUGGUGACAUUGGAAGUUGUCAAGUUUACUCAGGCUCUUUUUAUAAACUGGGACAUAGAUAUGUAUUACCCUGAAACAGAUACACCUGCAAUGGCCAGAACCUCAAACCUUAAUGAGGAACUUGGGCAGGUAAAAUACCUGUUUUCUGACAAAACAGGUACUCUAACAUGCAAUAUCAUGAACUUUAAGAAAUGCAGUAUUGCUGGAGUGACAUAUGGUCACUUUCCUGAGUUGGAAAGAGAACGUUCAUCAGAAGACUUCAGCCAGCUACCUCCUUCCACCAGUGAAUCGUGUGAAUUUGAUGACCCAAGACUGCUGCAAAACAUUGAAAAUGAUCAUCCCACAGCUGUGCAUAUACAGGAAUUCCUCACGCUGCUGGCCGUGUGUCAUACUGUUGUUCCUGAGAGACAAGGAAAUACAAUAAUCUACCAGGCCUCCUCUCCAGAUGAAGGAGCAUUAGUGAAAGGAGCAAAAAAACUUGGUUAUGUCUUCACAGGACGGACUCCCCAUUCUGUUAUCAUUGAUGCGCUGGGGAAAGAGAAAACUUUUGAAAUUCUUAAUGUACUGGAGUUUUCCAGCAACAGGAAGAGAAUGUCAGUGAUUGUUCGAACUCCAGCAGGACAGCUACGUCUCUACUGCAAAGGGGCUGAUAAUGUAAUUUUUGAGAGGCUUUCAAAAGAUUCCCAGUAUAUGGAACAAACACUGUGCCAUCUUGAAUACUUCGCAACAGAAGGUCUGAGGACGUUGUGCAUUGCUUAUGCUGAUCUGUCAGAGAAAUCUUACAGAGAGUGGUUGAAUGUCUAUAAUGAAUCCAGUAUGGUUCUGAAAGACAGAACUCAGAAGCUGGAGGAGUGCUAUGAGAUCAUUGAAAAGGAUUUGCUGCUUCUUGGAGCUACAGCCAUUGAAGACCGCCUGCAAGCAGGUGUUCCAGAAACAAUAGCCACACUAAUAAAGGCAGAAAUUAAGAUAUGGAUUCUGACCGGUGACAAACAGGAAACAGCUCUCAAUAUAGGGUACUCUUGCAGACUCAUUUCACAGAGUAUGUCUCUCAUCCUGGUCAAUGAAGAUUCACUAGAUGCAACAAGAGCUUCUCUGACUCAACAUUGCACUAGUCUGGGGGAGUCACUGGGCAAGGAAAAUGAUAUUGCCCUGAUUAUUGAUGGCCACACACUGAAGUAUGCCCUUUCAUUUGAAGUCAGGCAGAGCUUUCUGGACUUGGCACUCUCCUGUAAAGCGGUCAUUUGUUGCAGAGUAUCUCCUCUACAGAAGUCUGAAAUAGUAGACAUGGUCAAGAAACACGUCAAUGCCAUAACACUUGCCAUUGGGGAUGGUGCCAAUGACGUAGGAAUGAUCCAGACAGCUCACGUUGGAGUGGGGAUCAGUGGCAAUGAGGGCAUGCAGGCAACCAAUUGCUCGGACUAUGCCAUUGCACAGUUUUCCUAUUUGGAGAAGCUAUUGUUGGUCCAUGGUGCUUGGAGUUACAAUCGAGUUACCAAAUGCAUACUGUACUGCUUCUACAAAAAUGUGGUUUUGUAUAUUAUUGAGCUUUGGUUUGCUUUCGUUAAUGGAUUUUCUGGGCAGAUCUUAUUUGAGCGAUGGUGCAUUGGUCUGUACAAUGUGAUUUUCACAGCACUGCCACCCUUUACUCUGGGAAUUUUUGAACGGUCGUGUACUCAAGAUAGCAUGCUUAGAUUUCCACAGCUAUACAAAAUUACACAAAAUGCAGAUGGUUUCAACACAAGGGUUUUCUGGGGUCACUGCAUCAAUGCCCUUAUCCAUUCCAUCAUUCUUUUCUGGUUUCCACUGAAAGUGCUGGAGCAUGAUGCAGUAUUCACAAAUGGACAGGGAGUUGACUAUUUAUUUGUUGGAAACAUAGUUUACACUUAUGUUGUAGUCACUGUUUGUCUGAAAGCCGGGUUGGAAACAACUGCAUGGACUAGAUUCAGUCACCUGGCCGUCUGGGGAAGCAUGCUGCUGUGGCUCGUGUUCUUCGGCGUGUACUCGGCCAUCUGGCCCACGUUCCCCAUCGCGCCCGACAUGCUGGGGCAGGCUGGAAUGGUGUUAAGAUGUGGAUACUUCUGGUUUGGCUUGUUUCUUGUGCCCACUGCGUGCCUUGUUAAAGACGUGGCAUGGACAGCGGCGAAGCAUACCUACCAUAAAACUUUGCUGGAGCAAGUUAAGGAGUUGGAAACAAAGACAAGAGAACUGGGAAAAGCCAUGCUUCGUGAUAGUAAUGGAAAGAGCGUGAACGAACGUGACCAUUUGUUAAAAAGGCUCGGCAGGAAAACUCCUCCGAGCCUUUUCCGUGCUCAUUCUGUCCAGCAAAGCGUAUCACGUAAGUAG